AAGUGCACAAAGGGGUUUUGGCCCUCCAAUUAAUUGGGAGGAAGAGAAGUCUUGAUCAAACUUCUGCGUCUCAGUAAGGGGGAAACUGAGUACGCUAGGUGGUUGGGUACAUCAGAUGGUGGUCUGGUGGAGGAAAAGGGAAAGGUUGGGAAGUAGAGUGUGGUGAAGUAUCCAGCGCAUUGUAUGUGUGAGAAAGUACAAUCGUAGCUGACCUGAGUGUGGAGUGGGUAGUACUUCGGUUCCCAGUAAGGCGACUUCACUGGGCAAGGAACCCCACGAAGCGAGUGUGUGAGUGACUGAGUGGAUACUUCACAGGGCCAUACAAUGGGAGUUGGGGGUUCAAAGGGGGAAAAUACACCUCUUGAAUGUAUGUUAAAUAAUUUUAAGAAAGCCUUCUCAGGGGCAUAUGGAGUCAAAAUGACGCCAGAGCGCUUGAGAACGUUAUGUGAAUUAGAGUGGCCGAAACAAAAUACUGAAUGGCCAUCUCAGGGAACCUUUGAUAUAAAUUUAGUAAGCAAACUUUGGACUAAUAUCGCCAAAGAAACGGGAGGGUGCCCAGAACAAUUUUCAUAUAUAGAUUCUUGGCUGAGCACAUUAAAUAAAAAUCCUCCAUGGAUAAGGGAAUGCAAAGUCCAACGAUGCAAAUUAUUGGCUGUAAAAGCCGAAGCUAGGAAAGGAAUCUUGCCAAAUAAACUCAAACCCAUUUUUGAGGGACCAGAGGAAGAGGUGCUUCCACCUCCACCCUAUGCUCCACAUCGAAGGGAGCCUAAUCCAAAUACUCCACCAGUUGUAACCCCAAGGCAAGAAAGUGGAAUGAAUAAUGGGGGUGGAGUCACAGAACUUGAUUCCUUGAUAGAUUAUGAUAAAUAUCUUCAGGAGGCCUUGGAGUCCUAUAAUAAAGCCCAAGCAGAAGUGGUUAUUCCACCUGUGAGUCCCAGUAGAACUCCAUCUACAGUCUCCUUUAGUGGAACAACCAAUUGCCCACCCCAAACCCCUGUACAUCCAAAUCCUAGAGAACUAUUACAGAAGUUACAGGAAGACCUUGAUCGGUCAGCAAGCAAUACAGCCAGGCGUAUAAAGCUGCUAAAAGAACGCCUUGGGACAGAUACCAUCCCCUAUGAUUUGAGGCCCCUAGAGCAAAGCGAAGAGAAAGGUCACGUAGUAGCCCCUCUUAGAAGAGUAUUUGAUGCACUUGAGGAGCCUGUGCUGGUUAACGGGCAACCCGGACCACGGCCACCUCGAACUUCGACCCUCCAGUACAUUCCAUUCACAACUACGGAUCUGAUGAAUUGGAAAACACACACCCCAUCUUUCGCAGAAAAACCUCAGGCUAUGAUGGACUUGGUGACUUCAAUAGUAAAUACUCAUAGUCCUACUUGGACAGAUUGCCGCCAACUCCUGAAUACUCUGUUCACCACUGAGGAAAGAAGAGACAUAAUUGAAAAGGCACAGAUAUAUUUGCGUGAGCAGGCCAGAGUGGGAAAUAUUUUUAAUAUUGACCGUCAUCUCCAGGAUAACUUUCCUUUGGAAGAUCCUAAUUGGGAUCCAAACAAUGCAAUUCACCUGGCCAGGCUUACCACCUACCGCCAGACGCUUGUGCAAGGUAUCCGCAGGGCAUGCCAGAAGCCCACUAAUAUGUCUAAAGAUUGGGAUGGGUAGAUGUGUUACCCAUAACACUGUUUCGUGUUCGGUGCGCACCCACAAAAAGACUUAAGUUGUCACCUUUUGAGCUCCUGUAUGGGAGGCCGCCC